CUCCUACUCCGGCUCCGGGUCGCUCUUUCCGGGCGUCGUUGACUCCGCUGACAGCUCCGCAGGAAGUCUCGAAUAGCUCCUGUUGGUUUACCUGUUUCUGCUUUUGUUUUGCUCCUGUUAAUAACAACGAAAAGCCGCCUGAAGCAGCGACAGAUGACCGGAGGAAUGGAGGAAUAUCAAAACGGAAGCGAGGGCUCAUUCAAUUCAGAAGAAGCUGACAGCAUAGUCAAAGAGUGCAUCGAGAACGUCGUGGGCGGCGGAGAUUACAGCCAGAACCAGGUGAACAAGUGGACGGCGAGCAUCGUGGAGCGCUGCCUCACGCAACUUGUCAAACUGGGGAAACCGUACAAGUACAUCGUGACAUGUGCUGUGAUGCAGAAAACAGGUGCCGGCCUCCACACAGCCAACUCCUGUUACUGGGACACUGCCAUGGAUGGAAGCUGCACCGUGAGGUGGGAAAACCGCACCAUGUACUGCGUGGUCAGUGUGUUCGCUGUGGCCACCGCAUAGACAGGCACGCACGCACGCACACAUUAACCAACCAUCUCUACCAAACGAGGAGUGCAGUGUGCUUCUGUGAACAGCAGGGGGCCACCAAGUGCCACAGAGUCCUCCUCCAUACAGCUGUCUGCGCCUUCUGUCAGCUCCUUGGACUGAGCUCUGAGGAACAGCUGCACAGGCUCAAACAGCUGUAUGGCUUCGGUUUCCAGCCUUCAGGUGCAUGAAACACCUUCAUCAUAUUGUAUUUAUCUUCUCGUGGCGCUUUCAUAGCUUCACGUUCGGCUGCAUUAAUCACAGGCGCCUGACAGCUUGCUGUUAAAAAAGCAAAAAACAAACAAAUUCAGUCAGGUCCUUCAGUGUUUUAUCUGUUUGUGAAUCAUGUUGAUGGGAGAAAGGAGACUUUUUGUACUCGAGCUGCAGGAUAAUAAACAUGAAGAGAUUUCAUGACCA